AUGUAUGAAUUAGGAGUUGUUGCUAAUAGGGGUGUAGCUAUUCCUUUCAAUAACCCUGUUAAUGAAGGUGAAAUACCUGUUGAUGGCCCUAUUGCCCCUGUGAAUGUUGAUGUCCCUAUUGCCCCUGUGAAUGCUCUUGAACCUGAUAGGGCUGGAAUGUGGACAUCAUGGACUCGAAAGAAUCCAGGUUGGAGGUUUUUUGGUUGCCCAAAUUACAUGGAUGAAGAGAAGGACUGUGGGUAUUUUCGUUGGAUUGACCCACGACUAUUGAAUAAGUGGUAUAAAGAAAGAAUGAAUGAAUUAGGAGCUGUUGCUAAUGGGGGUGUAGCUAUUCCUUUCAAUAACCCUGUUAAUGAAGGUGAAAUACAUGUUGAUGGCCCUAUUGCCCCUGUGAUUGUUGAUGUCCCUAUUGCCCCUGUGAAUGCUCUUGAACCUGAUAAUCAAAUUGCAAUGCGUGAGAAUACACAUGUGCCUGGUAAUGAAUUUGGAUUCUGCAAGUGGAUGAUGGUUUGUUUCGUUUGUUUCAUUGUAGGGAUGAUGUAUGGUUAG